AUGCGCGAGAGCGGGCUCGGCAAACUUCAAAAAAGGAUGAUGGGGAGGUGGUCUGAUACUCUGCAUCCUGACGAUGCGUAUUUGAGCUAUCACGAUGUGAGAUUGAUGCGGGAGGAUAUUCAGACUUUGAGGAAUGACUGGUUAACGGAUAACGUCAUCUCGUUCUGGGAAGAAUUCCUCGAACACGAAUACCUCUCCAAGCUCGAACACGCAAACAUCAUCCUCCUCCGCCCAAGCAUGUCCUUCAUGCUCCUCCAAACCCACGACCCCCGUACGCUCCGCGAUGCCCUCCCCGACUUCACAAAAGCCACUCACGUCUUCCUCCCCAUAAAUGACUGCCGCAACGUAACCGAAGCCGAAGGUGGGACCCACUGGUCCUUACUUGUAGUCUCAAUCGUCGACCGGAUCGCGUUCCACUAUGACUCGCUCCCACCUGGAAAUAGAAUGGAAGCCGGCACAAUCACCAUGAAAUUAGGCGUGUUACUGAACUGUCCGAUCCGAUUUGUGCAUUUGGAGGAUGCGCCGCAGCAGGAGAAUAGUAGUGAUUGUGGUGUGUUUGUGUGUUUGAAUAUGAGAUGUUUGCUGCUGGAUAGGAUAUUGCGUGCAAAUUCCCAUCAGAAAGUUAGUAUGAGUCUGGCGGGGAAGAGGGUUGAUGCGUCUGCUGGUCGGAGGGAAAUGUUGAAAAUUAUCGAGGGGUUUAGGAAGGAGGGUGUUCGAAGAAGAUCACAAAGCUCGAGCCCGUCUGAGCGACAUUCUAGAAGUCCCCCACGCAUUGCUUAG